AGCGAGUGGUGGAGGCUUAGACACUCAUUUAGUGCAGAUCAUUAUCGCAUCUUCAACCAUCACUCACGAUACAUAAAAUGGGAGAGGCUAGCUCUAAGAUUCCAUGCCUUCGAUAUUUGAAUUAAACAACAGGAAAUCUGUUGGAAUGGUUCAGGGUUUGUCGGUUCUUCGUCACCUUCCAGCAAGCUUUUCCGCACGUGAACGCAUGUGUCGAGACAAUGGCUAAGAUAUCAAACUUGGUUUCUGCAAGCUCUCUCGAAGACUUGAAGAGCGGUCAAUUCAACGCAACCACAUCCUUUGAUCCACUUCUCACCAGCAACGAACUACGUUCCACAUAUCAUGUUUACCACAAAAGAGAGCGACAUGCCGUAUUGACUACGGCUGUCGAUUCUACCAGGGAACGAUGGUCAGGCCCAAACGUGAAGGAAUUGAAGGCCGAACGAAUUCAAAGGAAGCUAAGCAGGACGCGCACUAUCCCAUGUCCAGGAAAUCAAUCCACAGAAUUGGACGCGGUCGAUAAUGAUGCUUCGUUCUUACUGUACACACCUUACCUGAGCUUUCACGAUCCUCCACGUGUGCUCUAUACUCAAACAUCGAAUGUUGGGGUUCCUUUGAUGCUGAUUCAUACGAAGUCUUUCUGGAGGAGUUACAAGUUACAAUUUGGUCCGUCGAUUGCAAAGCCAGGAGUGAUCGAUCCACGAGGUGUCGUAUCGUGGAAAAAUAAUGGCGGAGACAAGAAAAUACUAAAAUCUGACGAUCAGAGGCUGAAAGGAUACAAAGUAAAGACCUGGCGUUUAUGGGGUGAAGGUGGCAAGGAAUAUGUUCACAAUUUACGAGCGAAACGUAAGGCGAACGUUGGGCCCGAUCCCGAUGUACUCGAAGAUGAGACGGAAGCUAUAGACCAAGCAGCAGUUCGAGCAGAAUAUGUAGUGUACCUCAAGUGGACAUCUCCUUUCUCGCGAGACACCAGAAGAUACCACUUCCACUUCGAGGGGAUUGACUUCUAUUGGAAGGGGACAGGAACUGUAAAAGAGACACGCACGUGUGGCAUUUGGUGCCAUUUCAGCCACCUCAAGUUAGUCGCAAAACUGCCCGCAACUGAAGACGGCCAACAACUAGAGGUUUGUCUCGGUAAAUACACUUCUUCAAUUGCAUCAAAGAAGCACGGCACGCUCGAUUUGUUUGAUGGUGCAAUUUGGCAUCUCAUGGUGGACUACAUGCCGUCAGCUCUUCCUAGAGUUUCUAGAGAAGGCCUUGCAGAUAGCACUCAGGAGCAACUUUCAGCCGUCAAGAAGACGUGGCUCUACAAUGUUAUCGUAGCCACGUCAAUGUGUAUGAUCCUGGGAGAGAAGCACAAGCGUGCAACCGUUCGACAGAUUCUUGAAGCAGCCGCGUCAGAGGGCGGAGGUGGAGGUGGAUGAUAGCACUUGGGUACCCAUCAUUUUUCCAGUUG